AUGGGAGCGGCGCCGAGUCUGGUCUGGGUCAAUUUGCGGACUCAGAAGCGUCUUGCCUCGUCCGUUCUGGGCGUCGGCAAGAACAAGAUCUGGCUGGACCCCAACGAGGUCAGCGAGAUCUCCAACGCCAACUCGCGCAACUCCAUCCGCAAGCUCGUGUCGGAUGGCCUCAUCAUCCGCAAGCCGGUCACGACGCACUCGCGGUCGCGCGCCCGGGAGCUGAACCUCGCCCGCCGCAUUGGCCGGCACCGUGGUUUCGGCAAGCGGAAGGGUACCGCCGAUGCCCGUAUGCCUGAGCAGGUCCUCUGGAUGCGCCGCCAGCGCGUCCUGCGCCGGUUACUAGUCAAGUACCGCGCCUCGGGCAAGAUCGACAAGCACCUGUACCACGAGCUGUACCACCUGGCCAAGGGUAACACCUUCAAGCACAAGCGCGCGCUUGUCGAGCACAUUCACCGUGCCAAGGCCGAGAAGCACCGCGAGAAGCAGCUCAAGGAGGAGAUGGACGCCAAGCGCGCCAAGACCAAGGCGGCCCGCGAGCGGAAGCUGGAGAGACAGGCGGCGAAGCGGCAGGCGGUGCUGGAGGAUGACGUGGAGGAGAAAUAA